GGCCACGCCGACGGCCAGCAGCACCAGGGCGGCGGCUGGAGCGUCCACGUCUGGGCCACGUGGGUGAAGCGGCUCCCCAGCGAGGAGGAGGGCUUCCUCAAGGACCGCGAGAACUCGGCCGCGCUGCUGUCGCCCGUGCAGCGCGAGAAGCUGUCGCAGUGCUUCGCCCACCUGCUGGACUCGGACCGGGACGACAUUGUCACGCGGCAGGACUUCGAGAACCUGAGCGAGAGGCUGCGCCACUUCGCGGACUGGUCCGACAACUCGUCCGAGUACCACAUCCUGCGCGAGGUGGAGCACAACUUCGUGGCCACGUUCCUGGACGGCCCCGAGGACGCGGCGGACGCGCUGGGGCUCGGCGGCUUGGCCUCGGGGCUGGCCUCGGGGCUGGUUCCGGACGACAGCAUCGUGGUGUGCCCCACGGGCGAGCGCGAGCGCGUGUGCAGCCUGGAGCAGUGGCUGUCCCGGUGGGGCACCAUCCUGGACCAGGCCAAGACCUUCAACGAGCUGCCCGUGUGGCUGCAGUACUUCCCGCGGGUCAUGUUCCAAGUCAUCAACAAAAGUGGGAGCGGCGUCGUCAGUCGGGACGAGCUCAGCGCCUUCUACUCGUCCGUCCUCGGCCUGGGGGCGCAGCGCGUCGGGGAAGUCCUGGACGGCGCGUACAAGGCCAUGACAGCGAACGGCGACCACCCGCUGUGCUUCCCCGCGUACCGCUGGUGCUACGCCAACUUCCUGCUGGGCCGGCACCGGAACGGGCCGGGCCAGUACCUGUUCGGGCCGGGGGAGCCCGCCGACCUGCGCAGCUGCCCCUUCCCCGUGGACUACAGCGCGCUCAACACGGCGCCCGAGGAGCUGGAGCAGUACUCGCCCGACAGGAAGAGCAACCGGCGGUCCGUGGUCGUCUGAGCCUCGGUCUGAGCAGUCCGAGCGUGCCGAGAGGGCCUGCAGGGCCUGCCGCAGGGCCUCCCCGCAGCCGCGGAGCGCCACGCCAAACGAGUCAGUGACAAACCAGAGACGAGUGCUUGUGCUGAUCUCCGAUCUCAUGGACCGACGUCCGCAGCCGGGGCAGCGCCGGAGCAGGUGCUUGAACCCAGGACGAACUUACGUGUGCGGCGUGCAAGGCGCGUGGGAACGCGUUCGAAACUCCUUCCCGCCACGCGCCGCCACGGGGCACAGUCGCUAGACGCUGGAGCAGAGGGCGCCGCCUGGAUGCCGUUUCGAGCGCAGUCCGAGCGGGGCCGGGGUGCAGUCCCCUCGGCCCUCGGCUGCCUGGUGGUGGACUAAGUUACCCCUCGAGGUUUGUGGUGUGCGCUGUGUCUCCGUCGUGACUGUGGUUACCAAAGCAGUAUGGGAUACGCUAGGGUCCUAUAUAGGCUCUAGGAUACGCCAACUAUCAAAGCGGUGUGUAUACCAGGGGGAGAAGGAAAUUGAAACUGUAGAGAAGAAACUAUGGAGUGUUAUAGGACGGACUUUUCUAUUUCACAUUUGACGUGAAGCAGAACAAAUUUGAAUCACGGACGCUCGCUACAUCUAAAUUACAUGCUGAUCUUUACUUUUUUUAUUUUAUUUUAAAGUUCAAUUCAGUUUGCACUUAAAAGAUAUGGCAGUGAAGUAUGGAUGCUGCUUAGGAAAUCAAAAGACCUAAAAACAAAUGCUUUCUUUCCCUUUCCUCGAUUAGAAAGUUGAAAGCUUCCAACCAACAACAAAAAGGACUUAAAAGUAUACAAAAAACUGAAAUAAGUUAGUAGAUACAGUCCUAAACACAUUUCUUCCUUGUUUGUCAAAUUUUAAAAGAAAACAUCACAUUUGGUUAAUGCAGCUUCGUAAGUUAACUCCUACACAUUAGUGACACUUGUUAGGCUGAAUUGAAUAUCUUGAAUACAAAUGGGAAACUGCUGCCACAAAAAGUUGCUGAACCAAGGCGUUUGUGUAGGGAAUGCAAAUUUGCUUUAAGGAGUGAAAUUUGUAAGUGGUUCUUGCUAGAUGCGCGCUCUCUUCUCCUCUCUCCCGACAUUUGAUUAAAACUGAGUGAGACCACAUAGAAUUUUGUUAUAAGGUUCUUUGCUCUGAUUAAUGUAUUUUAUUAGUACUGGCUCCUUCAAGCAUAACGCAAGAUUUGAAUUACAAAUAUGAAAUGUUUUGA